AUGAACCGACUACGACUAGCAACACUUUGCAGGAGUCUCUCUCGAAAUCGGCUUUAUUCUACAGCCACUGCGGAUGGCACUGCCCUCUCGUAUGGUGGCUCAUCGUUUCCGUACAGAUGGCUCCGCGAUUCCUGCCAGUGCCCGAACUGCGUUCAUCCCUCAACCAAACAAAAGCUACACAGGACGUCGGAUAUUCGAGAGGAUGUCAAGCCCGCCCCUGAUGGCGUAAGGGUCACCGAGAAGGGCGUGGAUAUUGCAUGGAGCUCUGGACAUGACUCACACUAUGCGAAGGAGUUCCUGGAGUUAUACGCCUCUCCGACCAAACUGAACGCGUUCCACAGGGACGAGGUCGCGAAGCAAUGGGAUGUUUCGGAGUUGCAAAAGGCGAAGGACUUAUUCCUCCCAUACGAGAGCCUGCAAACGCCCUCCGGUAUGCUGAAGGCUAUCACGCAGCUGAGCCGUUACGGUCUUCUUUUUACCACCGGCGUACCCAACCAAAAGACGUCCCACGAGCAGUGCGAACUCACGAUACUCGCGAACAAGUUUGGCGAGAUCCGCGAGACGUUCUACGGAAAGGUGUGGGAUGUGAAGAAUAUCCGGAACAGCCGCAACAUCGCGUAUACCAACAUCGAUCUUGGGUUGCAUAUGGAUAUCCUAUACUUCCAGGAUCCUCCACGCUUCCAGAUCCUUCACUGCCUGCGGAACCGCGUCGAGGGCGGCAUGUCUAUUUUCGUAGAUUCUCUUCAUGCAGCAAAUGUGCUGCGUGAGAGCGAUCCCGAAGCGUUCGACGUGCUCGCGAGCACGCCCGUCGAGUUUCACUACAUUAAUGAUGGGCACCAUCUGCACUACGCGCACCCGACCAUCGAGCUCGCACCUCUGUCUUCGACCGAUCCUGCACCCCGGCCGAUUGCGCACCUCAAUUAUUCACCACCAUUCCAGGCGCCGCUGCCGCUGUCGACACCGAAAGCGUUCUAUCCUGCAUUCGAGCGUUUCGUCGCACUGCUUGAAGACAGCAGCUCGCGGUUCGAAUACACGCUGCGUGAGGGCGAUGCGGUAUUGUUUGAUAAUCGUCGCGUGCUACAUGCGCGGACGGCAUUCACUGGCGGCGAGGAGCCCGAGCAAGCCGGAGAUCAGACAAAUCGGUGGCUGAAGGGGUGCUAUCUGGAGGCUGACGCAGUUUGGGAUCGAGGACGGGUGCUCGCUGAGCGACUGGAGAAGGGUGAAUGA